AUGAUCUCCGACGAUGAUCUCCACCGCCUCGCCAUCUUCCUCGGCUCCUGCGCCAUGAUCUUGAUCAUCCUCUACCACUUCCUCGAAGUCAAUGCCAAAGACGAUGACUCGGAGACGUCUGCCUCAACGAUAAACAAGGCCGCUGGUGUGUCGGGGGGGUCGUCUGGUGCGGGGGCUGCGACCGCGGGCGGUUCAUCCAUCGGUGAUGACUCCAUCAAGUAUAUCCCCCCGAGGGGCUAA